UGCGUGUCAUCGCCAAGCAGCCAGCUGUCUCGCCCUCUCCACUAAUCAUCUCUCCAUCGUCUCUCGCAAAUCAUCCGGCUUUUCUCCUGCUCUUCCUUCGCUCUUCUUAUUCGUCUUGAUAAUUCGUCUUUUUUCCUCCUGUCUCUCGUCCAUUUCUUUACUUGCAUAUCCUGAUUUAUAUCCAUCGCCCCUCCUCGCCUCCCCUCCUCUCUUCUCUCCCCCACCGUACAUACCAUCAUAUCAAUAUCAUAUCAUCCACCCUGGAGUCCUCCUCUUCCACCCUCCCCCUCCAUCCAACCCUGGACGACAACUCUUCAACUGGUUCACCUCCCUCAGUAACACCUAGAUCAUGCCAUAGAGAAGUCCCCCGUCAAGCCUGGGCCUUCUCGCCGCCUCCUACCUCCUCUCCACCCUCUUCGGCCCAUGGCACCGCCGCCAUGUUUGCCCAGGCGCCUUGCGACGAUGGUCGUCGCUCUUCUUUCGAGGGGUUUUCUUCUGUGACUAACCCAAUCACCCCCACUACCCAAAUCGCUUCCCCAACCCCCGAUGAUCGUCGGUCUGCCCCCGUGGACCGCGUGGAGACCGUCUCCUUUGAAGAUCUAGCCCGCUCCCAUCGCCAAACCCAACACAAACUAUCCCGCCGGAAAAGGUUGGAAUCCCGUCUCCAUGUCGUCAAGGUCUCCAUGGGCCUCUCCGCCCGCCUCGUCCGUGUCGGGGUGACCGUCCAACGCGGCCUCGUCGAUCGCCUGAAGCACGAGGACAAGGUCAACUUCAUCGCCCUUUAUCACGGUCUAUCCGAACUACAGGAAUCCUGUGAGUCCGUCGUUCGCGCCCCCGGCCACCCCGCGGAUCCCUGGGAUGAGGUCGGCGCGUCCGCCCGCGACGCCGCCGCGGACCAUGCCCCGGACUUCUUCCUGCAACUGAGCCCUCAGUCCCGGACGGAUGUGCUGGAGAUCCUGGAUUUGGCGCGUACCAGUCCCCGAUUUGUGGUCGACCGUCUGCGCAACUUGUCCCCCGCGCAGCUGGCCGCUCUCGUGGCCGCCUCCGCCCCCGCCGUGGAGGCCGGGGAUGCCGCCUCGUCCGUCCCCGCGGGCGCCAGAUCCCGGACUUCUGCCUCCUCGUUCUCCAAGCGUUCAGUGGCCCCGUCCCUCCCCUUCAAGGACCACGUCCUCGGAUUUGAGCGCUCGGACGCCCUGUCCAUCUUGCUGUUUAACGUGUUUUCUGCGCCCCUGGAUUCCAACGGCCCCGAGGCCCAGCGCCGCCUGGACCUGUGGGCGUCCGUAUGUGCCCACCUCUUCACCGAGGGCGGCGCCCGCUACUUUCCCCUGAUCGGACACAUCCUCGCCGCCUGGGCCAUGGGGAGCCACUGGAAAGCCCGGCCCAAGUUUGAGCUCUACCUGAUGGACAUCCUCCAGACCGGCGCAUUCCUCCUGGAGCACGUAGACCCGCCCCCCAAUCUGCCUUUUGAUGCCGAGCCCAUCGAUCCCCUCCGCACGGAUGUCGCCGAGGAAUUCUUUGCCACUGCCGUGGAUUCCCUGUUUCAGCUGCUGGAUGACCCAGAUGCCGGGUUCCCCCACGCCGUCAUGGAGUUGAGUGCUGCUAUCCUGCAGCGCUUGCAUCGCCCGGAUGCCCGCGACCGCUUCUUGGAGUUUCUGUUUGUCCAGUGGUUUUUUGCCUCGUUCCUCUACGGCGCACUGACAUAUCCUGAGGCCCACGGUCUUCUGUUGGACUUUCACAUCCGGAAGGAUGCGCGCGAGAAGCUCCUCGGCCAGGUUGGCAUGCAGGCGUACUCCCGGGUGUUUGCCGUGCUGCGGUCCAUGGAUCACUACGCCAUGGCUCGUCCCACCGUUCGACGGCAUGUCACCAACAUGGUGAAUCAGGUCCGACAGACCGCGACUCACCUGACCCCGCGACCAGCACCGGGGACGGCCCCAACAUCGCCGGCCGGGUUCCUGAUGCUCUCGGCCACUGAUGUUCUAACCAUGCUGAACGCACUCUUCCCUAGGGUCGACUCGUCCAUGUACAGCCCGCCGUCGGGUGUUGUGCCAUCGUCCCUCCACAACCCCUUCCAGACCCUCUCGCCCCGGUAUGCCACCCCCAUCGUGGAGCCCGGGUUUUUCUCCCCGCCGGGACUGUCAUCCCCGGCCCGGUCCCUCUUCCCCGCGGAGAUGACCUUUUUAUCGCCCCAGGAGGAUCGCCUCCGCCGGAAGGCGGACCGGAUCCGCUUUGAGCUCUCGGGCCUGGUCGAGCCCGAAGGGCGGACGACCCUGGAGCCGCCCGCCACCGAAGACUGGGCCGUCUUCUCGAUCGACCCCCGGGACGACCGUCCGGUCUGGGGACUCUUCCCGGACGACGACGCGAGCGACCCGGAGAACCACUCCGUCAGAGACGCCCCGUCCACCACCCUGGGGAUGGAGGAUAACUUGGAAGCGCUCCAGACGGCCAUUGUGAAACUGAUCCAGGAGAACCCCGCCGGGGACCGCGUGGAGGCCGGCCUCCCCGCACCCGGCGCCCACGCCGACAGUCUCUCCCUCCGGCAGCGAUUCCAACGCGCUAUGGCAUCCUGCCACCACGAGUCUGACUUCAUCGGCGCCCACUACUGGUGGAACGCCGGCCGGCAGCUGCUCCGCAGCGUGGCGACCGCCCCCGCCCGACAGGCCGACGACUCGUGGAUCCUCCGCCCAAUGCACCGGUCGAAUGUGGCCUCGCUGCGCGAGUCCCGAUCGGUCAUCGAGCGUAGCGAAAGUGACCUCGUUGCGCUCGACCGUCAUCGGCAGCGCCUGCAGAAGACCGUCAAGGACAUGGUUGCCACCGUCGCGCGCCUCCGCGACAAGAUGUGGUACAUGACCGACGUGAAGAACUCCAUGCGGUACGAGGACGCCAAACACGUAGCGCUAGCCCUCAAGACAAUGGUCCACUCGGCGCGUCUGUCCCGGCCGGCGGAGACCCGGUCACGGGGCGGUACGACCCGGUCCCUUCUGCAGAAGCCCGAGCUCCAGGUGAUGCAGGUAAUGAAGGCGCCGAGCAACCAGGCCGGGCCCAACAAGCUGUCCGACGAGCAGGUCGAUCUGAUUCGAAAGUGGCUGGCCCACAACAGCAUCGACAACUUCUGCCGGGGGGAGGAGCGCAUCCACCGCUUCUGCUACGAGGUCAAGGCCAGCAUCAACCGCCUCGUGGGUGAGACCAUGGCCGAGACGCCCGUGCUCUGGGCCAGCGAGCUGUUCCACCGCGAGCGCGCCCAGUUCGAGGGCUCGACCCCGCGGGGAUUCAUGGGCCUCUCCGCGGGCCUGCGAUCGUUCGGCCGGGCCGGCGAGGAUGCCCCCGCGACCCCCACGGCGUACGGGCCCGUGCCUCCUCCGUCCGGGCGCCCGUCCGACCCCAUGCCCCGAUCCGCCGCGCACGACUUCUUCCCUGCGCUGACCCGCGAUGCGUCGCUCCAGAACCUGAUGCCGGAGCGAUGGCGGACCCCCCGAGAUCCGUCCAUCACAGACGCCUCGUCCAUCGCGGGCUCGCCGGGGAAGGCCGCAUCGACGGCCACGGGCGAUUCGUGUAGCACAUUCUGGUCGGCGCCGCACCGGCCCCAGUACUACGCCGCCAGCGCGUCCAGCGUCUAUUCUCGUCCUCCGUCCAUGAUCAGUGAGACGGGGACCCACCAACCGCGCCGCAGUGAGCGCACCACCCCGCACGGGAAGACGGUCUUUCUGGACGAGCUGCGGCAGACGCUGACGAGCUUGCUUCUGAGCGACCUCGGCUCGCCGGUGUGGAGCUGCGGCAGCGAGACCGACGCGUGGUUCGGGAACGUCCUGGACCAGGAGCGCAUCCGGAUCCAGAUGGGCAAGCGCUCCCGGAUCCAACGGUUCUACGCCGAGCUCGACGACCGCCCGAUUCGUCACACCAUCCACCGGACGUCGUCGGCCCACGGGCGCCGCCGGAGCCGCUCGCUGGAGCCAUCUGACCAGCCCGCGCCUCCUCCUAACCCCGCAGACCGGGACUCGACGCCCACGGGUGCGAGUGGGGACCCCAUACCCGAAGAUCAGCCCCCGUUUGCGUACGGGGUCGUCUUCCGCCGGCUGAUCGACGUCUUCUCGCGGCACGGCAACCCGUUUGUGAAACUCAAGGCCCUGCGUGAGCUGCGGGCCCUGGUCGUGGCGUCGUUGAACGCGGGCCCCGACGACCGUUGUCCUCCGUCCCCGGGUCCAGGCCCGGGCCCGGACGUGCGCCGGACGCGAGGCUCCCGACACAGUUUCUCGGAGUCGCGGACGCCGCGGGGCCCCGAGCGGGACGGCGUCCGCACGCCGACGAGCCCGGCCGCCGAAUCGGUCCUCUUCGAGUCGCGGCCGUCGGACUACGCCACGCCCACGGAGAAGGAGAUCGUGGACGCCCUCCGCGAGCUACUCCUAGAGAUGAAGCCCAAGACGCUGUUCCGGGACCUGCAGUUCAUCGCGGCCUUCGUGCCGGGAGACACACUGAACCAAACCGACAGCGGGACAGCCUUCCUGCAGUUCGGACUGGCAGCACUCAGCCUAAAGGACGAAGUCUGCAACAGCAUGGUCGAGAUCGCCGACCACAUCGUGUCACAAGAGCUCAGCCGGCGACACCCGCCUUCGGGACCCGACGGGACCCCCCGGCCAGGCCACGCCAUCGAAGACGCAGCGGGGAUGUGGAUCAUCACUGCCAAAGAAGGCCACGCCGUCGCCCAGCGCGAGCUGGCCAUUCUCUACCUCACGCACCCGGAACUCCUACCGCGGGUGACGCUGCCACUCACACUCCUCCGCGACACCUACAAAGCGGAGAUGAUGUACCACCGCGACAACGAUCCCAAGUCCGACCCGCAGAGCAUGUGUCUGGCGCUGCACUGGAUGCAGCUGUCGGCGCAGGGAGGGGAUGAUCUUGCGAGGAAUCGACUUCGGGAACGGGAGGAGUUUGAUUCGAUUGCUUGAUCUUGUCGCUUCUUUCUCUUCUUACCUUCUUUUUUUCUGGUUCUAUUUUUGAUUCCAUUCUACCCUUCUUUUCUUUUCAUUUAUUAUCUUUUUUUUUUUUUUUUUUUCUUUUUU